AUGAAUCCAUUUGACGACGAAGCGUAUCCAGUGGAUGGCUCAAAACUUGAAUUGCCGUACUCAGCCUACACUAAACGCCCGAGUCCGCAUAAACGAUACCAAUCAUUGGGAAAUGAGAGUGAGCAUGAUAGUGAAGAUCCUGAUGAAUUCGCAGGUUUUCCUCAAUCAAUAGUACAGCAGGAGCUGCCAAAUCCAAAACGGUCCCCAAAUAUCUUUACUAGGAGUACGGCUAAGAUUACUGGUAGACAGAAAGAGUCUCCAUUCAAGGGAAAUACUCCACAUUUGCACCAUGACAAGUUAGACACAAUAAACACAACACCUAGAGACCAUUAUACAUCCAAGGAGUCACCAAAACGGAAAAGAGAAACAGAAGUUAUGAUUUAUGAUGAUAAUAAUGAUGAUGAUUAUGAAGAAGAAAGAGAAGACAAAAAUCUUAUCAACUACACUGGGUCUCCUCUUCGGUCUCUCCAAAAUAGUACAAUAAGUAGCCAAAGGUACCUAGAUCCUCCCCAACCAAUAUUUGAUCCAGAAGUUUUUGCUAGCAAUGACAACAAGUAUGAAGAUGAUCAGGCAACCUACCAUAACGUGCAUGAUGAGGAUGAGGAUGAGGAAGAGCAUGUGUAUGAAAAGGACAAUUUCAAAAGAGGAGGUGCAAGUCACACUUGGGAGGAGGUCAAAUCGGUCUAUUCUGACUCGACAGCUUAUAGUGGGAGCUCUUAUGCGCCUGAUAAUGUAGGCGAAAGUACCCAAUAUUUCAGCACUUCGAUUGAUGGCAAUAUUAUGCAUAAUAUAGAGAAUGGAUAUGUCCCCACUAGAGACAAAACAAUGACAAAAAGAAAAGUGAGAGUGAUUGGUGGAUCGAGUGGUAACUUGGUUUUGGAAAAUCCUAUACCGGUUGAGCUUAAAAAGGUUUUGAGUAGAACGGAGUCGCCGUUUGGCGAGUUCACAAACAUGACGUAUACUGCAUGCACAGCCAAACCAGACGACUUUAUUGAGGAGGGCUUCACGUUGAGAGCAGCAAAGUAUGGGCGUGAAACUGAAAUCGUGAUCUGUAUAACAAUGUAUAAUGAAGAUGAAGUAUCUUUUGCUCGAACUAUGCAUGGGGUCAUGAAGAAUGUUGCACAUUUGUGCUCCAGGUACAAAUCCAAAGUAUGGGGGAAGGACAGCUGGAAAAAGAUUCAAGUCAUUAUUGUUGCAGAUGGAAGAAAUAAAGUUAAUGACGCAGUCCUACAAUUGUUAACGGCAACUGGAUGUUAUCAAGAGAAUUUGGCAAGACCGUAUGUUAACAAUAAAAAAGUUCACUCGCACCUAUUCGAAUAUACAACGCAGAUAUCAAUAGACGAGAAUUUGAAAUUCAAAGGACAUGAAAAAAAUCUUGUACCAGUGCAAGUCUUGUUCUGUUUGAAAGAGGAAAACCAAAAGAAAAUCAACUCACAUAGGUGGUUAUUCAAUGCGUUUUGUCCUGUACUAGAUCCGAAUGUUGUGAUGCUUCUAGAUGUUGGAACAAAACCCGACAAUCAAGCCAUAUACAAUUUAUGGAAAGCUUUUGAUAAAGACUCCAAUGUUGCAGGUGCAGCAGGUGAGAUCAAAGCAAUGAAAGGGAAGGGUUGGAUCAAUUUAACGAAUCCGUUAGUUGCAUCUCAGAAUUUCGAGUAUAAGAUGUCAAACAUUCUCGAUAAGCCACUAGAGUCAGUGUUUGGGUAUAUCUCGGUUUUACCAGGUGCUUUAUCGGCAUAUAGGUAUAUUGCUUUGAAAAACCACGAGGAUGGCACAGGACCGUUGGCAUCUUAUUUUAAGGGCGAAGACUUUCUCAAAUCUCAUGAAAGGGAAAAAGAAAACACAAAAAGCAAUUUCUUUGAAGCAAACAUGUAUCUAGCCGAAGAUCGUAUUCUUUGUUGGGAACUUGUGUCAAAGAGAGGCAACAAUUGGGUGUUAAAGUUUGUAAAACUGGCAACGGGUGAGACGGAUGUUCCAGAAACAAUUUCCGAGUUUCUUGCCCAAAGAAGACGUUGGAUUAACGGUGCAUUUUUUGCUGCAUUGUAUGCACUUUCUCACGUCAGAAAGAUAUGGUCUACUGAUCACUCAUUUGCGAGAAAAUUUUGGCUUCACGUGGAAUUUGCCUAUCAGUUUAUCAGCUUGAUAUUCACGUUUUUUUCAUUGAGUAAUUUUUACUUGACAUUUUACUUUUUAACAGGUUCAUUAGUAACUUAUACAAACCUUGGUCACCGUGGAGGAUUUUGGAUUUUUACGAUAUUCAACUACAUUUGCAUUUGUGUUCUAACAUCGCUAUUCAUUGUUUCCAUAGGAAAUCGUCCACAUGCUUCCCACAAGAUCUUUAAAACAUUGAUUAUAUUGCUUACAAUCUGCGCAUUGUACGCUUUGAUAGUAGCGUUUGUUUUCGUUGUUGUAGCCCUCAAACAAUUCACCAAAGGUGACACUUCGACUUAUGUGAUGACAAGCAUUGUGGUUUCGUUGCUAUCAACUUAUGGGUUAUACACUGUUUUAUCUAUUCUAUAUUUGGACCCCUGGCACAUGUUGACUUGUUCAGUACAAUAUUUCUUGAUGAUACCCUCAUAUACUUGCACAUUGCAAAUAUUUGCAUUUUGUAAUACCCACGAUGUGUCAUGGGGAACAAAAGGUGAUAACAACCCAGAGGAGGACACAUCAAACCGAUACAUAAUCGAAAAGAACGAUGAGGGCGAAUACGAGGCUACGGUUAUAGAUGUGAAUAUGGAUGAAGUAUACCUUGAAGCGUUAUACGAUAUAAGGGCAAAACGGUCGGGUAAGAAGUUGGGCUCUAAACAAAACGCUAAAGCGGGACUUGACGGUGAUGAUUAUGCCAAAGAUGUGCGUACCAAAGUCGUCUUAUUUUGGAUGGUUUCGAAUUUGAUAUUGAUUAUGACAAUGCUCCAGGUCUAUAAACCAGGAGAUACGGCUAAAAAUAUCUAUCUUGCGUUCAUUCUAUGGACUGUGGCGGUUUUGUCGAUAUUCCGUGCCAUUGGAUCUUUAUCAUACUUGCUCCAAAACUUUGCACGUUUUCUUGUGGAAUUUAAAAAUAAGUGGGCAAGUAAAAGGUCUGGCUAUUCUGUCCCUAGUCAUAACCCUCUCAACUAA